CAGAAUCAUCUCUCGAUCCAUUGGCCGCCUUCAGUACAAUACACCCCCAUAAGGGCCCAAGCCAAUUGGCAAAGUUGGGUGUUAAGGCCCCUACAGUAGGCCAAGUGGGUGGCUGUGCAGAACUAUGAUCUUACAACAAGCUUCUAUAGGGAUAAAACUAUCAAGCAUCUUACGUACUUAAUUCUAUAAUACUGUAAUUCCAUUUUUGUUUUGUGUCCUGCAACUUUUGACUGUCAAAAUACUUAAAUCUUUCAAAGGCACUUUGUGGCUUCCAAAAGUAGUCAGCUGUGAAAGGGAAAAUGUUUAUUUCUUUUGUGAGAUUUAUACCACAUCCUUUCUCCAAAUGAAAACCAGGGACUCAAAGGAAUAAUAAAAAUGAUAUUUUGUCUUAGUAGGACAAACUUCAAGAAAGCCUCAUACAGAUAAGGUGCUACUUAUCUAAUGAUGGCUUCUAUGUUCACCUCAAGCCUUGUCUAUAUGUAUCUAUGUUUCUCUUUCCCUGCAGUCAUGAAACUAAUCCCUGGUGACAUUGGAAAACGACUUGAGGAAAUGGUGCAGCUGACAGCUCAGAACCUACCUCAGGUGGAGGUGACCAGUAGUUACACCAUCCUCCGAGAGCUGGGCAGUGGUUCCUUUGGGCACGUAUUGAUGGCAGUUCACCAUCACCAAGGAACCCCCAUGGCACUGAAAUUUGUACAUAAAAAAGAUACAGAACUACAGGAUUUCCUUAGUGAAUAUUGCAUUGCACUGACUUUGGGGGCGCACCCCUGCAUUGCCACUGCCCUUGGGAUUGCCUUCCAAACUCCCCAACACUAUGUCUUUGCACAAGAAUUGGCAUUGGCUCGUGACCUCUACUCUCUCAUGGUGCCAAAGGUUGGCAUACCUGAGCAACGGAUAAAACGCUGUGCCCUGCAGCUUGCAAGUGCCCUGGAGUACAUGGAAUCCAAAGGGCUAAUCCAUCGAGAUGUCAAACCAGAAAAUGUACUGCUUUGUGACCCUGAAUGCCGGCGCAUCAAGCUGACUGAUUUUGGGCUGAGCUGCCUGAGGGGCCAAGCCAUUAAGGCUUUGCCUGAAAGUUUGCCUUAUACUGCACCUGAAAUGUGUGUCCUGGGCCCCAAAGCUCAUCUGGAAGCCCAGCCCAGCCUUGACACCUGGGCUCUUGGAGUGCUGUUAUUCUGUGUGCUAACUGGCUACUUCCCCUGGCUUACAGCUGUGCCUUCUGAUCAGCAUUAUCGCAGCUUUGUCUCCUGGCAUCGUAGCCCCCGUUUUGUUUCACUUCCAGCCCAUUGGGAACAUUUCACUCCCCAAGCAUUAGAAAUGUUGCAAGGGCUCCUGACACCCAACCCAGCACUCCGUAGCCCUGCCAAGGUGAUUAUGAAUUACAUCAAAACACCUUGGUUGCUACCGGAAAUAAAGAGUCGUGUCCGACCCAGCAGAGAACUUCUUGGCACUACUCGGCGAUGCUAAAGACCAAGAGUAUUGCAAGGAGAA